AUGGGCACCUCCAGCAUCUUCCUUUGCGUCUUGUUCCUCUGGGGGGCAUUGGGUCUCACCACUUCCCCUGCCCAGGGACGGCUUCACUGUUACACCUGCAGCUUCGCCAAGCCUUGCUACCCUGUACCCACAGAGUGUCAGGAUGAUGAAGCUUGUGGCAUCACUGUUGGCACCUCAGGUAGGAACCAGAAUGAGAUCAUCGAGCGGAAAGGCUGCCUCCCAAGGACCCAGUGCCCUCUGCCAGGUCAUGCCACCUACUGGUCACGUGCCUACAUUCUGCGGCACCACUGCUGUGAGCAGGACCUGUGCAACUCGGCUGUCACAGCACAGUGGCUCCCCAGUCUCUUCCUCACCACCCUGCUCCUCCUGGUGGCCAAUUUUGCCUGGGGAGGCCAACUCCUCCACUAG